AUGGAUAAAUCUACUAAGAAAUCUAAUGCACUUGGAAAAUGCAGAGUCCGGGCCAGAACAAAAUACCAACCACAGGAUUUAAGCGAAUGUGUCGAAUCAGUAAUAUCAGAUGAUCUAUUAAAAAAGUUUAAUAUAGAAGAAAUUAAAAGAAACAUGCUUUUGGAUUAUCAAGCAGAAUACUCCAGAAAAGUAAAAGUGCGUGAAUUAAAACAUCAACUAACGCCUUUGUACCCCGAAGUACCUAAACUUAACAAAUCCCAUAAAAAAAUUAGAAAAUACGCUGAAAAAUGUCCAAGUACAGCCAUGUCUCGUUUUUUAGAGGCAGACAUGAAAAAAAUGGUUGAAAGAUGUAGACCGGGUCCUUUUGCCUAUUUAGGAAAAACGGAACGAUAUCAAAUUUAUCUUUGGCUUAGACAUGAAUUUCAAAAUAAGUGGAUGCUUCAUCAGCCUCUGGCGAGAAAAGUAUUUAAAGAAUGUGUAUCACUGCCUGAAAUUUUAUUUUCUAUGAGUACUUGGAGACAAGAAGCACUUACUUUAUCUGAAUUAGAUUCCAAAUUUAACGUAGUUCUUAAUGAUGUGAAGCUGAUUAUUAAUAAAUUUUAUACAAAAGUUGUCGGACAUGUGGAAAAAGAAAAAAUUAAUUUAAACAAAGACAAAAUGGAUAGGUUAUUGAAUUGUUGUACUGGAUUGCUUUCAGUCUAUAUAGGGAAAGCACUUUUUACAACAAUUAAUUAUAUGGUAAAUGUUGUAUCUGAUCCAGACAGAGUACCCUACAUGAAAUUAACUCUUAAAAUUAACAAAGGAAUACAGAUAGUUCCUAAUUAUGAAGAUAUAGCCCUUAUUUAUCACAUAUUCAUAAUGAAGCUAGUUGAUAACUGCAAGAAUUAUACAACAUUAGACGCCUACAGAAAAGAUGUAGUUGAACAACAGUAUAUUUUUAUUAACAUUACAGAUGAAUUUAUCAAUAAAUUCUAUGAUAUUGGGCAAUUAGUUCUGUUAGAUUAUGUCCAAAUCAUAAAAGAAUCUCUUGAUAAAGUUAGUUCAGAUAUUUUUAACAAAAUGUGUAAAUUUCAUAUAGACGACAAUAUUGAAAUAUGUGAAAAAUAUGAGGAAAUCUCAAGAAUUGCUUUAGAAAAACCUGAGACGACUGAAGAAUUAAUUGAACAGGGGAAAUUUAUGUUGCAAGUAAAGUCUGAAAUUCUUCAAGACCUUCAAGCUCGUACGCAAGAUAUGUUAUAUAACUUAACAAAGUUGAUAAACUUAGGAACAUUAACUCCAGAACAUAUGGAGUUAAAUACAACCACAAUAAAUUGGAUUAAGAAGAUUCAAAAAGUCUUAGAUACUAACUCAACAAUAUAUGAACAACUGAAAUACGAAGCUGAGGUGAAUUUACAAAACAAUAUAAAACAAGUUCAUGAUACUCUUGCAGAUUUAUGUCCGAAACUAUCUAUUUUGGACGAUAUGGAUGACGCCGCCAGAGCAAGAGAAUAUAUGCAAACCAUGUCAAAUUUUAUGGCAGUACUAAGAGAUUUACAAAAAAAAAUUAAUUUCAUAAAUAAAGAAAGAAACUGUCUUGGAUUUAACAUAACUCCAUUUGUACAAUUUGAAGAAGUGGUUGAUAUUGUUUAUAAUUUUUAUCAUUUACUAAAAGUUUGUUUAAACGUAAAUAGAAGUAUCGCUGUGUGGCUUGAUGGUCCAUUUGAAUUUUUGUCAUUUGAAGAUACAGAUAACAUGAUAGAUGAAUACUCUAAAGAAUUGUUGAAAAUACAGAAGACAUAUAGGAUAAAGUUAAGGGCACCUCCAGGAGAAGAUAGUGUAUUUAGAUUUUUUGGUGUUGUUGAUGAUCCAGAUCUCUUAAGUUGGCCGGGGCCUCUCAAAUUAACAGCCACUGCUUUACAAUUUUUAAAGAAUUUUAGACCCGCUGCCAACAUGAUGAGAAUUAUGUGUAAUGAUGCAUUAAUGAAAAGACAUUGGAAAGAUAUGUCAGAUAUUGCAGGAUUCGAUUUAACUCCUAAUGCUGGUACCACCCUGAAUAAGAUGAUGGCUAUGGGCUUAGAAGACGAUUUGGACAAAUACGACGUCAUAAGUUCGGGAGCUACUAAAGAAAGAGAGUUGUAUCAAAAUCUACAGAAAAUGCAGGCAGAAUGGAAAGAAAUAUUUUUCAAAACCGGUUUAUUCAAAGAAACUGGAAUUCCAAUUUUAACUGCUUUGGAUGACGUUCAAGUAGUGCUUGAUGAUCAUAUUUUGAAAGCGUUAACCAUGAGGGGCAGCGUAUUUGUAAAACCUUAUGAGGCUGAGGUACGAGUGUUUUAUGACAAACUAGUAAGAAUAAAUAAAACAAUUGACGAAUGGGGCAAGGUACAAGCACAAUGGUUAUACCUAUUGCCCAUAUUUUCUUCAAAAGACAUCGUUGCCCAAAUGCCUGAGGAAGGUAAUUUGUUUAAGGAAGUAAAUGAUAUAUAUAAAAGAUAUAUUGGUGUCGUUAUAAGUGAUCCAAGAGUAUUUGAAAUAGGCAGUUCGGAGGGUCUCUUAGAGUCGAUGAUAUAUUGUAAUGAAUUACUGGAAAAAAUUAAUGAUGGUGUGACUACUUACUUGGAAAAGAAACGUUUGUAUUUUCCAAGAUUUUUCUUUCUUUCUAAUGAUGAAAUGCUUGAAAUAUUAUCAGAAACUAAAAACCCUCUGAGAGUUCAACCUCAUUUAAAGAAGUGUUUUGAAGCAAUCGCUUCCUUAGAUUUUGACAGCACUCUGCAAGUACACGCCAUGCUAAGUGGUGAAGGCGAAAAAAUUAACUUUAAGAAUAUCGUUAAUACAAAAGAAGCUGGUGGGAGUGUUGAGAAAUGGCUAAUACAAGUAGAAGACCAAAUGGUUAUAUCUGUCAGAGAUCAGUUAAUUAAAAGCAACAAAAACUAUUUAAUGUUGCCAAGAACAAAAUGGAUUAUUCGAUGGCCCGGACAAGUAGUUUUGGCUAUAUCCCAAGUCCACUGGACUUCUAAUGUUCAUAAGGCUUUAAAUAAUGAGGAGAAUUUAAAUUUACCCAAACUUUCAGAACAAUUAAAAGGUGCUUUAAAAGAAAUUGUGGACCUAAUCAGAGAUCCAACUUUGACCAAUUUAUCUAGAAUAACUACAAAAGCCUUAAUUGUAAUAGAUGUUCAUGCAAAAGACGUUGUUGCAGAAAUGAAAGAUAACAAAGUAAAUAAUGAUAGAGAAUUUAAAUGGUUAGCACAAAUGAGAUACUAUUUAGAGAAUGAUGAUUGCUACGUUAGGCUUAUCAACGCUUCGGUAAAAUAUGCAUGUGAAUAUUUGGGCAACUCCGAUAGACUUGUAAUUACACCGCUGACAGAUAGAUGCUACAGAACAUUAAUAGGUGCUUAUCAUCUUCAUUUAAAUGGAGCACCAGAGGGUCCUGCAGGAACUGGCAAAACAGAAACUACAAAAGAUUUAGCCAAAGCUCUCGCAGUUCAAUGUGUAGUAUUCAACUGUUCUGACGGAUUGGAUUACAAAGCAAUGGGUAAAUUUUUCAAAGGACUAGCGUCAUGCGGAGCAUGGGUUUGCUUUGAUGAGUUCAACAGAAUCGAUGUGGAAGUAUUAUCCGUAGUGGCUCAACAAAUCUCUUGCGUAGUUUUUGCCGUUCGAGCACACGCAGAAAAAUUCUUAUUCGAAGGCACGGAAUUAAAAUUAAAUCCAGCUUGUUACGUAUGCAUUACAAUGAAUCCCGGUUAUGCGGGUAGAUCAGAAUUACCAGAUAAUUUAAAAGUAUUAUUUCGGACAGUUGCAAUGAUGGUUCCUGAUUAUGCUAUGAUUGGAGAAAUUUCUUUGUAUUCUUACGGAUUCGUAGAUGCAAGAAAUUUAUCAGUGAAGAUUGUUACAACCUAUAAACUGUGCUCAGAACAAUUGUCAUCACAAAAUCAUUACGAUUAUGGAAUGAGAGCUGUAAAAUCAGUUUUAUCAGCUGCAGGUAAUAAUAAAAGAAAAUCACCAGAGGAAUCUGAAGAUGUACAGUUAUUAAGAGCCAUUUUGGACGUAAAUUUGCCAAAAUUUUUGAAUCAAGAUUUACCUCUUUUUGAUGGUAUUAUAUCUGAUUUAUUUCCUGGAGUUGUACUGACUCAGGCUGACUAUAACGUAAUGACUGAAGUUAUGAAAAAUAAAUCCAGAAAUAGAUCUUUACAACCUAAAGAUUCAUUUUUAUUAAAAAUCAUCCAAACAUAUGAAAUGAUGAUUGUAAGAUGGGGAUUUAUGAUCGUGGGGGAAACGAAUGCUGGAAAAUCAUCUACAUUGAAAGUAUUAGCUGACACCCUUACUGAACUUCACAACAUGGGCAAAAACGAAGAAGUUGUAACAUAUCAGAUAGUCAAUCCAAAAGCGAUAACAAUGGGACAACUAUAUGGACAAUUCGAUCCCAUAUCUUACGAAUGGUUUGAUGGAGUAGUUGCCGUUAUUUACCGUAAUUUCUGUACUGAUGAAUCGCCUGAUCGAAAAUGGAUUAUUUUUGAUGGACCUGUGGAUGCAGUAUGGAUAGAAAAUAUGAAUAGUGUAUUGGAUGAUAAUAAAAAAUUGUGCUUAAUGUCUGGAGAAGUAAUGACUCUUUCAAAUAGCAUGUCCUUAAUUUUUGAAGUUAUGGACCUAGAACAAGCAUCUCCGGCAACAGUGUCGAGAUGUGGAAUGAUUUUUAUGGAAUCAGCUACAUUAGGCUGGUUACCAUUUUUUCAAUCAUGGCUACCUAAGUGCAAUCCAGAAUGGUGUGAAGGAAAUGAGGAAUUGCUCACGACACUAAUAGAAUGGAUGGUGCCUCCGUGCUUGUCAUUUAUACGAAAACAUUGUCGACAAUAUUGUUAUCCUGGUGAAAUUAGUCUAGUAACUACAAUGCUGAGUUUAAUAGAAAUGUAUCUGGAUGAUGCUUUAAAUAAUUCAGUUAAAAAAGAGGAAGAUAUAAAACAUUUAACAACAUGGAUUCAUGCAACUUUAAUACAAGCAGGAUCUUGGGGAUUGGGUGCAAUUUUAGACCAAGAUUCUAGGAUAAAGUUUGAUGAUUAUUUUAAAAAUCUGUGGAGGGGUGCCGUUCAAAAAUAUCCGUUUCCCGAAAAUAUCGAAUUUGGCUUAGUUCCCUUACCAACUGAAGGUUUGAUUAUCGAUUAUGAGUAUUAUUACAGAUUAAAAGGUAGUUGGAAAUACUAUUUCGACACUGUAAGGAAUUUAAGAGUUGAAGAGAGUAAAAAUAUUCUUCAAGUUCUAAUACCCACUAUUGAUACGUUGAGAUAUAUGAUGCUGGUCGAUAUACACAUUAGAUUUAAAAAACAAAUACUUAUUAUGGGUCCUACAGGAACUGGAAAAAGUUUUUAUAUUCAAGAUCUUUUAAUUAAUCAAAUCGAUAAAGAUUAUUAUGAACCAUCAUUUAUUACAUUUACAGUACAAAUAUCAGCCAAUCAGUGUCAGGAUUUAGUUAUAUCUAAAUUAAAUAAAAGAAAACGAGGACAUUAUGGACCGCCCAAAGGAAAAAUGGCAGUAAUUUUUAUUGACGAUGUCAAUAUGCCUCAGAAAGAGCAAUAUGGUGCACAACCACCGUUGGAACUUUUAAGACAAUAUUAUGAUCACAAGAAUUGGUAUGAUCUAAAAGCUACUACACCUUUAUAUUUGCAUGACGUUUUGUUUAUCGGAGCUAUGGGUUUGGUUGGUGGAAGCAGACAAGAUAUAUAUCCCAGAUUUUUAAGGCAUUUUAAUAUAUUUUCAAUAAAUGACUUUUCUGAAGAGAGUAUGAAGAAAAUAUAUUCUAAUAUAUUAUUACUUGGUUGGAAAAACAAUGGAUUUCCCAGUGAAAUAAUUAAUAUUGUAAAUGUAGUUGUAAACGCAACUUACAACGUUUUUAAGUCAGCAAUGGAAUAUUUACGACCAACCCCUUCUAAAAGUCAUUACGUAUUUAACUUAAGAGAUUUUUCGAGGUUAAUUCAAGGUUGUGCCAUGUUGAAAAAAGAAAAUGCAGAAACUAAAUCCACUUUUGCGAAAAUUUGGGCUCAUGAAACAUUAAGAGUGUUUGGAGAUCGAUUAAUUGAUCAAAAUGAUAAUGAUUGGUUAUUUGGAAAAUUGAAACAAAUUGUAUCUGAACAAUUUCGAGAGAACUUUGAAUUAUUGUUUCAAGAAAGUGGUGAUGGUUCUCCAGUAACUCAAGAAACGUUAAAGAAUCUUAUGUUUGGCUCAUAUUUUGAUACAGAUUCUGACACAAAUAAACGUUAUGAAGAAGUGGUCGACUUAGAUCAAUUUUUGCGAUUAGCUGAAAAUUGCUUAAGCGAAUAUAACUCAUCUCAUAAAAAUAAAAUGGAUAUAGUACUAUUUGACUAUGCGUUACAACAUCUUUCAAAAGUAUGUCGAAUUUUAACUAUGAGCUGCGGUAGUGGUCUUUUAGUAGGAAUUAGUGGUUCUGGAAGACAAUCAUUAACCAGACUUGGAAGCGAAAUAUUUGGUCAUAAGCUAUUUCAACCAGAAAUAACUAGUAAUUAUGGUAUUAAUGAAUGGAGAGAUGAUAUUAAGAAGGUGUUAAAAGAAUCGGGAGGAAGAGGUAAAGAUACUACUUUUCUCAUCACCGAGGGACAAAUUAAAAUGGAAGCAUUUUUACAAGACGUUGAUUGUUUGUUAAAUUCUGGGGAAGUACCAAAUAUGUAUCAAAUUGAUGAAAAACAGGAAAUUUUGGACUUAGUAAGAUUAGCAGCUCAAGGUGGCAAUAGAAAUUUGGAUAUAUCUGCAUUGCAUAUUUUCCUAUUCUUUACGAAGCGGUGUAGAGAAAAGACACAUAUUUUACUAUGUUUUAGUCCUGUUGGAAGUUCCUUUAGAAAUAGAUUAAGACUCUUUCCGUCACUUAUUAACUGCUGUUCCAUUGAUUGGUAUAAUGAUUGGCCCGCUUCUGCAUUAGAAGAAAUCGCCAUGAACUGGAUGACAAAUAUAAACUUACCUGAAGACAUUAUAAGUAAAUCAGUAACAGCUUGUAAAUAUUUUCAUAUUGAAGCUCGAAAUGCUAGUAUAGAGUUUUUUAAUAUAGCAAAUAGAAAAGUUUUUAUUACAUCUGCGUCAUAUUUGGAACUGAUACGUUCAUUUACUGAACUAUCAAAUAAGAAACAAGAUGAGUUAUUAAGGGCAAGAAAUAGAUACCUUGGAGGAUUAGAAAAACUUGCUCAUGCGGCUGAGUCAAUUGGUGAAAUGCAGAAAUCACUUGCUGCUUUGCAACCUAUGCUUCAAGAAAUGAGUCGUACCGCAACUAAAAUGACACAACAAAUCGAGAAGGAAACCAUAGAAGUUGAAAAAGUUGCAAGUUUAGUUAAACAAGAUGAAAAAGCUGCGAACAAACAAGCAGCUUUGUCACAAGCUUUAAAAUUUGAAUGUGAAUCAGAAUUAGCUGAAGCCAUGCCAAUCUUGAAUGAAGCCCUAGCUGCCCUAGAUACAUUAAAACCAACAGACAUAACCCUUGUUAAAUCUAUGAAAAAUCCCCCAGAUGCUGUUAAAUUAGUAAUGGCUGCGGUAUGCAUAAUUAAAGGUAUUAAGGCAGAAAGAAUACCUGAUCCUAAAACUGGUAAAAUGAUAAACGACUAUUGGAAACCAAGUGUUCGAAUUCUUGGAGAAUUUAAUUUUUUGCAAGCUUUAAAAGAUUUCGACAAAGACAAUAUUAAACCUGAAAUCAUGGCAAAAAUUAAAAAAGAAUAUUUAACUCAUAAGGACUUCAAACCGCAAGUGGUAGCUAAGGCUUCGAGCGCUGCUGAAGGACUUUGUAAAUGGAUAAUAGCCAUGGAAAAAUAUGAUACGGUAAAUAAAAUAGUUGCUCCUAAAAAAGCUAAAUUAGCUGCUGCUGAGAAAGAGUUUGAGCAAACAAUGUCCAUUCUUCGAGAGAAAAGAAAUUUGGUGAAACAGUUGGAGGAAAAACUGGAGAAAUUAAAUUCAGAUCUUGAAGAAGCUGUACGCAAACAAGAGGAGUUGCAAAGUAACGUGGAUUUAUGUAAUAACAAAUUAAUCAGAGCUCAGAAGCUUAUCGGAGGACUUGGAGGCGAAAAAACCAGAUGGACUGCAGCCGCUAAUUCUUUACAAGCACAAUAUGAUGGGAUAGCUGGUGAUAUUCUUAUAUCUUGCGGCAUAAUUAGCUACCUUUCACCAUUCAAUGCAGUUUUAAGACAACGAUUAAUCGCAGACUGGCAUCAAUUUGUAAAAUCAUUAAAGAUACCGUGUGCUGAUGAUUUUAACAUAAUAACAUCGUUGGGAUCAGAUGUGAAAAUACAAAACUGGGGUAUUGAUGGGCUUCCGAGAGAUGAAUUUUCAAUUGAGAAUGGAAUUAUAAUGGAUAACUCUAGAAGAUGGUCGCUGUUUAUUGACCCCCAAAAUCAAGCAGCUAACUGGAUAAAAAGAAUGGAAAAGAAGAAUAAUCUUGUUGUCGUUAAAUUUUCCCAUUCCGAUUAUAUGAAAAGAAUAGAAAUUGCUAUUCAAAGUGGUACUCCUGUCUUAAUAGAAAGUAUUGGAGAGGAACUAGAAGCACCAUUGGAUCCUCUACUUUUUAAACAAGUUUUUAAACAAGCUGGUCUUGAAGUUAUUGGAUUGGGUGACAAUGUCAUAGUAUAUAACAGCAAUUUUAAACUAUAUAUUACUUCAAAAUAUCGUAAUCCUCAAUAUUUGCCAGAAGUAUUUAAUAGAGUGACUAUCAUAAAUUUUGCUUUAACUAUAGAAGGACUCCAAGAUCAGCUUCUUGGAAUUGUAGUUGCAGUAGAAAAACCUGAUCUACAACAACUUAAAGAAGAUUUAAUUGUUCAAAAAGCUAAAAAUAGAGGAGCUCUUUUAGAUUGUGAAGAAAAAAUUUUGAAAACUCUGUCUGAAUCUCAAGGAGAUAUUUUAGAAGAUGAAAAUGCAAUACAGAUUUUAGAUAAUUCAAAAAUACUUUCAUCUGAAAUUAUAGAAAAACAAGAAAAAUCACUGGAGAUCGAAAAAUCAAUUGAAGAGUUUCGUCUUAAGUAUCAGUCAGUUUCUGAAUUUUCAGCUGUGUUAUAUUACUGUAUAUCAGAUCUGGCCAAUAUUGAUCCAAUGUAUCAAUACUCUUUGGAUUCUUUUAUUAAUCUUUAUAUAGGUUCUAUUCAAAGAGCAGAAAAAUCUAGAAAAAUUGAAACCCGAUGUUUAAAUUUAAUCAAUGCUUUCACCUACGAUUUAUAUUCUAACAUAACUAGAUCAUUAUUUGAGAAAGAUAAGCUUCUAUUUUCAUUUAUUUUAUGCUCAAAAAUCAUGAUAUCCCAAGGAAGAUUAAAUGAAAAAGAAUUUAUGUUUUUCCUUACCGGGGGAAUAUCUAUGGAAAAUACAUAUGAAAACCCAACACCUUGGUUGCCAAAGAGUUCAUGGGAUGAAAUAUGUAGAGUUGAUAGUUUACCAAUAUUUGCCGGAUUUCGAGAAUCAUUUGUUAAAUAUCACACUGAUUGGAAAGAAAUUUAUGAUAAUUUUGAUGAAAAUGGAAGUUUUCCUGAGCCAUGGGAUAAUAAAUUAGAUGGAUUUAGAAGAUUAAUUAUUGUAAGACUUUUUCGCCCAGAUAAAAUGUUGUUAUGCAUUUCAAACUUCGUAUCCAAUGAAAUGGAUGAGCGUUAUAUAAAACCACCUCCAUUUAAUAUAUCCAUUUCAUAUGCUGAUUCUUAUUGUUUAAGCCCUCUUAUAUUUAUUUUGUCUCCCGGAACAGACCCUAUGGGGGCACUAGUAAAGUUUUCGGAAGAAAAAGGAUACUCAAAAAAAUUUUUUUAUAUUUCUUUAGGUCAAGGCCAAGGGCCUAUAGCUCAAUCUCUAAUACAACGAGGGCAAGAAGAUGGUAGUUGGGUAUGCCUUCAAAAUUGUCAUUUAGCAACUUCAUGGAUGCCAAGUUUAGAAAGAAUAUUUGAGGAGCUGGACGUAGGGAAUACUCAUGACCAAUUUAGACUAUGGUUAACAAGUUAUCCAUCAGAUAAAUUUCCAUCAACGAUAUUGCAGAAAGGCGUAAAGAUGACUAAUGAAUCACCUGCGGGUCUACAAAAUAAUUUACUGAAAUCUUAUAUUAAUGAACCAGUAAAAAAUCCUGACUUUUUUAACGGGUGUCCCGAAAAUAGUGAAAUGUUUGUCAGGCUACUUUAUGGUUUGGCCUUUUUUCAUGCCGUUGUACAAGAACGACGCACAUUUGGACCUUUAGGCUGGAAUAUACAAUACGGAUUUAAUGAUUCCGAUUUUGAUAUUUCGGUACAGCAAGUACAGAUGUUUAUAAAUGAAAAUGACGAUCCUUUUGAAGCACUAUCUUACUUAAUAGGAGAAUGUAACUACGGUGGUCGUGUUACUGAUGACUGGGAUAGAAGGCUUAUCGUAACUAUCCUUAUGGACUUCAUAAAUCCCGUUGUCGCUGUUGAUCCAAACUAUCAAUUUAAUGAAUUAGGUACAUGGUAUGGGCUUCCAUCUCAUUUGGAUUAUGACGCAUUUAUAAACCAUAUUCAGAGUUUGCCUCAUUCUCAUCCUCCAGAAGUAUUUGGACUACAUACAAAUGCAGGAAUAACUCGCGACCUUAAAGAUUCUAUGACUAUGUUAAAUUCUGUCUUAAAAGUGUGUGGGGAAAGUGCUGGCGGAGGUGGUGGUGAAACAGAUAAAAUUUUAAUGUCUCUUACAAAUGAUUUACUGUCAAAACAUCCUGGAUUAUUCAAUAUAGAAGACGCCAAAUUAAAAUUUCCAAUUGAUUAUAAUGAAUCAAUGAAUACGGUAAUAGUACAAGAAAUGCAAAGAUUUAAUAAGUUGUUGAGUAGAAUUAAGGCAUCACUUCAAACGAUGCAAAGGGCUAUACAAGGUCUCGAAGUUAUGUCAGCCAGCGUAGAAGCGUUCGGUACGUCUCUCGUUUUAGCUAGAAUUCCUACUGCUUGGACAGGAGUCUCUUACCCAAGUUUGAAAAAUUUACCAAAUUAUUUUAAUGAUUUAUUAGCCCGAGUCUCAUUUCUAAACAAGUGGUAUUUAGAAAACAAACCUCCUACAUAUUGGGUAUCUGGUUUCUUCUUCACUCAAGCAUUUCUCACCGGCGUUAAACAAAAUUAUGCACGAAAACACACUAUACCUAUCGAUAAAAUAACGUUUGAUUUUGAAAUUACUGCAAACGACUAUAUGGAUAUAUCACCAGAAGAUGGGGCGUAUGUUAAUGGAUUAUUCACUGACGGAGCCCGAUGGAGCCGAUCUACUUCGUGUUUAAAGGAGCUGCAUCCAAAAAUAUUAAAUGAUACUUUACCGGUGGUAUGGUUGAUACCCAUUGAAACUGUAAAUUAUGAUACCCGUGGUCGAUAUAUUUGUCCUGUGUAUAAGACAUCUGAGAGAAAAGGAACUUUGUCUACUACUGGACAUUCGACCAAUUACGUACUACCAAUAUUAUUAGAUACAGAAGAGGAGACAUCUCACUGGAUAAAGAGAAGUGUUGCUCUAUUAUGUCAAUUAAAUUAAUAUUAUUUAUUUAUAUAAUGUAAAGAAUAUAAAAGAUAUACCUAUAUAAAAUAACAAAAUAA